AUGGCCCUCCCUGCCCGCGGUCCCUCUCUGUCCGCUCCCAACGCCUUGCCGGCGAGCGUCGGCUCUUUUCUCCUCCUUCUUCCCGCGUCCCGUACGCUUGGCGUCUCGUCGGAGAUGGUGACCAUCCCUCUCCGCCCCUUCCGUGUCACCGAUGACCGUCAGGUGAGGACCUCGCUUCGCCCAGCCUUCCUUCACGCCCGCGGCCUCGAACGGGCGAACGAGACUCCUCGAUGGGCCGCUUGUCCCACUGUCUCUGCUGGCGCGGAGAGCGCGACUCUCCCCGCAACUGUCCGUGCGGCUCCGGCGAGCGGGAUUCCCUGUGCCGCCUUCCUCCACGCGUCAUCUGCCAAUCUGUCCUGCGCCAUUCCCCCUCCUGCUGUACGCCGCCCUGCUCUGCUCGGCGGCGCUGCUCGUCCGACGUCCGCGAACGCUCGACCUCUUCUCCCCCGCGAGAUCCCCGCACAUGCAGUUCGCGCAUGUCAUCCGCCGGGCUCGGCUGCUUCUGCUGCUAUGCAUCGCUUGCGCGACGUCCUUCCUGACGGUCGCGGUCGUCCCGCCGUGACUCCCGCCUAG